AUGAAUGCCUCCGCAAGCUCACAAGCGUUUUUCUGCUUUGGAAGCCUGCCCGUAGAACUACGGAUCAAGAUAUGGGAAGCGGCGCUGCCAACCCCUAGGAUCAUAUGGCCUUACCACAAAGAUAAUCCCACCACCGUUGAAUUGCAAGAUUGGGAAGCGCUUAACCACACAGAUCGGACGAAAAAGUCAAAAUUCAAGAUUUUCACUCUACUAUUCGUCUGUAACGAGUCCCAUAGCACAUGCUGGCCCCUUUGGGUCGAUCCAAAUCGCGAUACUAUUGUUCUAAGAAUUGACUAUUUUAAUCCAACAACUGAGCCGAAAUUCGAUCUUAGUCGUUUGGAAAAUCUUGCUUACACGAGCACCGCUUCGCAAGAUGCAAUGGCAACACAAGUAAACUACACUGGUUUCGCUCUCAUCAAACAGCAAUGCCCAGCACUACAAACGCUGACAUUCAUUGCCAAAGAAAGUCUCGACGAGGACGGCUGGCCUUAUCCAGUUCUCCCCGCACAAGGAAGCCCAUGCAAAUUUGUGCAACUGAUUCCGCUCGAAGGGAUUUUUGACCACGAAGUGCGCCAUAUCCUUACUUGUUGUCUCCAAAGAAUGCCAUGUUACGAUGAUCUUACCUCAUGA